UAUAGACAUAAUAUGUAUCCAUUUAUUCCAUGUGGAUUCUGUAGUUCAACCACCUAUGAUAUUUGAUAUCUACUUAAGAUGCUGCGGUAACACUAAGAUGAUAAAAAAUAUAUGUUUCCCACCAGUAAAUAAUAUUUGUAAUACUUUUAGUGACCACCGGACACCGACUUCUAGCUACUAGAACUAGCUAGUCUAGUCGCGGCCUUAGCACUACGUAGUUAUAUCAUAUAUGUAUAACUGUGACUAUUGAGUCUUCACAUUUCAGUCAGUUUAUUAUCAUUCUGAUUUGUGUUAAAUUUUUAUUAUUUUAUUAAUCGUUCACUGACCUUUCCAAACAAUUGUAUCAUUUUUGUGUAUUGAUCACUAUAAAAUUAUUAUAAAAAGCAUUUUAAGAUGUAUAUUGUAUAGUAUAAUACAUAUAAUAUUAUCAUAAAAUAUAUGAUAAUAAUAAUGUUUUUUUAAUUGCAAAAAUGAUUUUUACUUGGCUAUGGCUUUCAAUUUUAAUUCAUUCAACAAUAGCUGACGAAUUACCAGUUUUUAAUAAGUAUAUGAAUAAUGAAGCUCUCUCAGAGAGUAUUCCAGUUGGCCAAUCUAUUUACAAACUUGAAGGUAUUGACUCUUCAGGUGGAGAUGAUGAUUUGAUAUAUGGAAUAGAAGGAACUGAUAGUUUAGUUGUAGAUUCAAUAACAGGAAUCGUUACUUUAGCAAAGCCAUUAGAUCAUGAGGAAAGUGAUACAUUAAAGUUAAGUGUCACACUAAAACAAAAAAAAUCAGGUGAUAUUGUUCGACUUCCAAUAUCCGUGAUAAUAUUAGACGAAAAUGAUAAUGUUCCAACAUUCAAAAAUACUCCUUAUGAAGGCUCAGUUAGUGAAGAAUCUGAAAUUGGUGUAACUGUGUUCAAGUGGAUCCAUGUGGAAGACUUGGACAAAGUCGGUGAACCUCUAGAAGUCAGAUGUGAAUCUAGUUCAUUGACUGAUGAAGGAUGCUUAAAAUUUAAAAUAAUACCAAAAAAUACAAGUGAAAGUUACUAUUUAGGCGUUUUGGUUGUUAAUGGACAAAUAAAAUAUUCGGAAAAUCAGUUUUAUAAAUUGACUCUUGUUGCUACUGACGGUGUUCAUGAGAGUAGAAUAAGUUUGGAUAUACAUGUCAAAGAUGUACAAAAUACGCCUCCUAGUUUCCAUGGAUCAUUAACAAGUGUUAUUAGUGAAGAUGUGCCGGUUGGAACUCGUGUAUUAACUGUUAAUGCAAAAGAUGGAGAUAGAGGAGAACCUAGAAAUAUAGUAUAUGACUUGAUCCAAAACCCCAUGGAUUAUUUUUCAUUGGAUGGUUUAUCCGGUGAGCUUUUUACUGCUAAAUUAAUUGAUCGAGAAUCAUUAAUGAAUAACAAUGGUAUUAUUACAUUAACUGUACGAGCUAGAGAAAUAGUUAAUGGCUUAGCAGUUGAUGAUGAAAUAAGUUCGUCUAUUGCAAUUAUAACCAUUACUGUUCAAGAUGUAAAUGAUGAACCACCACUAUUUAAUAAGUUGGAUUAUUUUGUUACUGUACCAGAAAAUAUAGCUCCUGGUACCCCGUUGCCGAAUCUUAAUAUGACUGUUGUGGAUUCAGAUAUUGGUUCAAACUCAGAAUUUUCAUUGAGAUUACUUGAUGAAUCAAAAUUAUUUGUAAUAGAUCCAAUAAAAGCCAUUGGUUCAACAGAUGUUGGAAUUAAGCUUGCUAAAGAUGCAAAUUUAGAUUAUGAAGAUCCUAAUCAAAGGAAAUUUAUUCUUUUGGUCAUAGCUAGUGAACAAAGUGAAAAAUAUCAUUUAACAUCAACAGCUACGCUAAACAUCCAAGUAACUGAUAUUAAUGAUAACCGGCCUGAGUUUGAAAAUAAAGCAUAUACAUUUACAGUCAAUGAAAUUGCUACACCCGGAACGGUGAUUGGUGUAGUAAAAGCAUCGGACAGAGAUAGUAACCCAAAUAUUAUUUAUAGUCUAACUGGACCUUUAGCUGAAAAGUUUUAUGUUGACAAAACAACAGGCACUAUUUCUGUGGCGCUGUGUUCUAAUGUUGGAAAAUCACCAUGCCUUGAUUAUGAAACUCAGUCAAAUUUUUAUCUAACAUACAUAGCUACUGAUGAUAAUGGUAAUGGGCAAUCAAGUUCUGUGCCAAUUAUGAUAAUAUUAACGGAUGACAACGAUAACACACCUGUGUUUGUACAACAUGUUUAUACAAGUCUAAUAGAUGAAGGUGUAACAAAUUUUGAACCGCCGCUCAUAGUUCAGGCUACUGAUGCUGAUAAGUCUUCUGUAAUUUCAUAUUCUAUUUCUGGAUAUGGAAAUAAAUUAUUUAAAAUUGAUAAAAAUAGUGGAGAAAUAUUUAUUUUAUCCCAAAACGGACUUCAAAGAUCUAAAAAUGAUAAUAUUACACUAUCAAUAGUUGCUAGUGAUGGUAUUUAUAGUGAUGAAGCAACUGUAAAUAUUGUAGUUUUAGAUGUUAACAAUAAUAGUCCACAGUUUUUGUCUGAUGCAUACAAUGUUUCUAUUUAUGAAAAUGAACCAGUUGGCCACGUUGUCAUUAAAGUUGAAGCAAAAGAUGAUGAUUUAAAUUUAAAUGCAAAUCUUACCUAUCAUAUACAAGAAGGUUCAUUUAAUCAUUUUUCUAUUGACCAGCUAACUGGAACUAUUUAUGUUUCCUCAAAACUGGACUAUGAUCAACAUUCAAGUUACGUUAUUAAAACACUUGCGAUUGAUAAGGGUACACCUGCUCUCACUGGAAGUACAGCUGUAAAUAUCAAUAUAAUUAAUAUCAACAAUAAGAGUCCCAAAUUUAAUCCAUCCAUACAGCGUGCAGAGGUUUCAGAAGAUGUUCCGUUAGGUACUGUUAUUUAUCGUUUGAUUGCUCAUGAUCCUGAUACUAGUGACGAAAACGCUCUGAGUUUUUCAUUGAAUUCAUUGCUCACAACUGGGAUUACUAGUGAUGGCAAUCAAUUAAAUGACAAUGGUGUCAUUAAAGAAUGGUUUAAAGUUAGACCUUCAAAUGGUGACAUAAUUGUAUCUAAAAUAAUUGAUAGAAAUAUAGCAGCUAUUGUUAGUCUAUCUGUUAUUGUUACUGAUACAUCUGCUCCUGAUGUACAACAAUCAACAGGUACUUUAAUGGUAACUAUAAUGGAUAUUAAUGACAUCGCUCCUAAAUUUAAUGAACCUUGGACUGAAGAAAAUCCAGUAUUAACAUUAUCCGUUUUUGAAGAACAACCAAUUGGUUCUGUUAUUGGUAGUUUUAUUGCUUAUGAUGAUUCAGGAAUUGAUCAUUAUGCAAUUAUGCCUUAUAACCAUUAUGUUGCUGUAAAUAAAUCUACAGGUUCCUUAUAUACAAAGGAAAGACUUGAUUUUGAAAACAUUGAAACUAUUAGUGUUACAUUAUUUGCUUAUGAUACGGGACAUCCUCAGCUAUCUUCUUCGGCAACCAUCAUUAUUAAUGUAAUCAAUGUGAAUGAUAAUAAUCCUGUAUUUAAUCAGACCGAGUACAAAGCAGAGAUAGAAGAAAACUCACCAGUUGGAACAUUUGUUACAAAAGUAUUAGCAACUGAUACUGACAAAUUAAUAUUUGGUUUGAUCCACUAUUCAAUUAUUGGAAAUAACAAUGGAUUUUCUAUUGAUCAAGAUACAGGUGUGGUGAAAGUUAUUAAUUCUAGUUUCCUUGAUCGUGAAGAGAUAUCAGAAUUAAUAUUGACAAUUCAAGCUAAAGAUCAAGCUCCACCUGAUUCAGCCAAGACUGCUGUAGUUUUGCUAUCUAUAAAACUUAAAGAUGUUAAUGAUAACCCGCCUCAAUUUGACCCCAAAGAAUAUUCAUUGUCUAUUAUUGUUUCAACACCAACAACCCCACUUAUGCAGAUGAAAGCUAUAGACAAGGAUCUUAAUUCUAAGUUGGCUUACACAAUUGUGUCAGGAAAUAAAGAUUUAUUUAAUCUUGAUAAAGAUACAGGAUUUUUAUAUCCAGCAAUGUCUUUGAACGGAAGAAAAGGGUUGCAUUGGAUUGAAGUUGAUGUUUUUGAUGGUAUAUUUAAAGAUCACGCAAAUAUUAAUAUUACUGUUUUGGACAUUAAUCAAAAUCAACCAGUCUUUGUUCAUCCAUCUAACUCUACACUAUCUAUUCCUGAGAAUGUUAAUGUUGGGACUUUAGUCUUAACUGUAUGUGCUGAAGAUAAAGAUUUUGGUGAAAAUGGCCGAGUAACAUAUUUCUUCAAAGUUGCAAAUAAUAACACUCUACAAACUGAUACAUUUACUAUUAAUCCAGAAACGGGGCAAAUUACUACUCAAAUUUUACUCGAUUAUGAAACAAAGUCAUCUUACGAAUUAGUAUUAGUUGCACGAGAUCAAGGUUCACCAACAUGGCAAGAAUCGUUGAAACUACUUACUAUCAAUUUAAUUGAUGUUAAUGAUAAUAAACCAAAGUUUCCUAUACACAAUGAUCAUAAACCGUUGUAUACAUUCAGUGUUAGAGAAAAUAAUAGACUUCAAUAUAGAAUUGGCCAAGUAAAAGCUACUGAUUUAGAUCAAGGAAAUAAUGCACGUAUAUUUUAUUAUUUGCUAUCCACUAAACCCAGCCCAUUUUUUGUUGAUCGUCUUGAUGGAACUAUUUAUGCUAAUGACACAUUGGACAGAGAACAACAAAGUUCUUACGAAAUAGUUAUUAAAGCAUCUAAUGAUAUAGAGUAUCAACAUACAAAGGACUUAGAAAUGGAUGAUUACAGUUUAGCGAGAGUAUUGAUUGUAAUUACAGAUGAAAAUGAUAAUGCUCCAGUUUUUCAGUCAAAACAUUAUUAUGCAGGGGUUAAUACUAUGGCUAAGGUUGGAGAUGUAAUACUUCAAAUAUUAGCAACAGAUCCAGACUCUAAAGAAAAUGGCACUGUAACAUAUAGUAUUGAGAAUGCACAGCUAUUUAGACCCGGAGUUGACAAUAUGACUUGGUCAUCUAUAAUAAAAGAACCAUUUGUUAUUGAUUUGUCAGGUCGUAUUUCUACAGCAAUAUUUUUAGCUGAGUAUAAUCAAGGUAGAUUUGAAUUGCAAGUUAUGGCCAAAGAAAUUGCUUCACCUUACAGAAUAACCUCUACAACAGCUACAGUUUGGGUGUAUGAAACGGAACAAUUAGUAAAAGUGAUUGUAUCAAGAGCACCCCAGACGGUUACUGAAGGCCGGGAGCAGAUAUUAUCCAGUUUGGCAAACGUAACUAGUAUGAUAGUUGUUCUGGAUGAUGUCCGUUACCAUGUCAAUCAAUAUGGCUAUAUUCAGUCUGAUUGGAGUGAUGUAUACAUACAUAUGAUAAACCCUAUGACAAAUACUAUUAUGUCCAGUGGAGAAGUAUUAACUAUAAUUGAUAAUAAAUAUGAUUAUUUAAAAGACUACUAUCAAAAUUUUGCUAUAGAAAAUGUUGUGCCUACAUUUGUUGUUACUCAGUCCGAAUCAUUUGAACCUACUUUAGCUGCAUUAGUUGCAUUGUUAGUUGUAUUAACUGUUGGCUGUAUUGGAGUACUGAUAAUUUGCUGUUGUUUCCGACAUUGGAUGGUUUCAGAGUUGGACAGCAACUCGAUCAAAAACGAUAUAUUAAUUAAGAAGGCUGUUAUUGAUGAUUUAAGCACCACUGAAAAUCCUUUGUGGAUCGAACAGAAAUUGAAAUUGUAUGAAGAACAGGAAUUGACCAUGCAAGUUUUUUGUGAUUUAGAAAAUAAAGAUGUGGCAAUCAAUCAUGAUACUGCAGGAGACAACACUUAUGCUACUAUACGUCGUCCUUCUCGCCGUGGUUCUAUAAAUACACUUUUAACAAUGACGCCAGGGGAGUAUGCAACUUUAGGUGGUUCUGUUUUGCCAUUGCCACCAGAUGGAGCUACAUCACACAGUCAACAGUUAUUUGAAGCCUCACUUGGAUUUCAAGGAUCAACAUUCCAAGUUCCAGAUUCUGCUUUAGACACGAGUAAUCUACUUAGGAGCAAUUCAGAUGUAUGAAAUGUUUUAAUAAACAUUUUUUAUAUUGAUUGGUUAUUAUCAUACAUUUAUAAAAACAUGCAUUUGUUUAGUAGUAAUUUUUAAUGUAACAUUAUACAAGGUACUUAACCAAAUCAAAUAUUUCAUCGAACAAGAAUAUAUUUCUAAGGCCAGAUCUGUAUUUGAACUGCCAUUUUUUUUUACAGUUAUUAAGCUAUUUAUAUAUACUUUUAUCAAAUCACAUUUUCUAUUACUACUUAGUUAACAAAUAUAUAUUUAUUUUAAAAUUUGUCAAUUAAUACUAUUAAGACUGGUUAGGUAACUUUUUACUUAAAAUUUGAAUGCAAGUUAAGUAGUUAUUAUGUACCAAAAGUAUACAACCGCCAUCAAAGUAUUGAAACCGUCCACAACCAUUUUUUUAGUUUUUAAAUUUUUUUAUUCAGGUUCGGUUAGUAAAUAACUAAUUCAUUAUUAUUAUUUUAAUUAUUUAUUAAUGUUAACUUAAGUAUAAGGAUAUAAUUUAGGUGACUAAGCUAAGUUAAAAAAUAUAAAUUUGUUUAUUUUUAACA